UGUUGAGGGAUGGAAGAACCGUCACAAUCGCUGUCAUCUUUGUGUCAGGGGGGCGCGGCUAACCAUCCUUUGGCGGUAAUGAGGAGGAGUUAGCUGCUGCAGAUUUUUGCUCACUGGACUAAAGUAACCAGCUAAGGUUGGUCCAUCGAAUCUGAAACACGGCACAUGGGUUGCUGAUUGCUCCAUUGGGGGAAAAAGACGGCACUACAAGGAUUAUCCCAGUGAAAAAUUACUCCUCAGAUUCAACAAUGGCGGUUUAAAACGGGAAUCAGUCCGUCUUCUUUAUCACUCCUCGUUGCUUAUUUGUUACUUCCACUGAGUUGAGGCUGAAGACUGUAAAUCGCUCAAAAUGGUUGCUGAGGUAGACUCAGUGUCUCAGGGCAGCGGUGUGCGGCUGAAGCAGGAGAUUUCCCUCCUCCAUGGGGUCUGUCUCAUCGUGGGAAAUAUGAUAGGCUCCGGUAUCUUCGUCUCACCUAAGGGGGUUCUUAAGUACACAGGCUCGUUUGGCCUGUCCCUGGUAGUGUGGGCCAUUGGAGGGAUAUUUUCAGUGUUUGGAGCGCUAUGCUAUGCUGAGCUGGGUACUACCAUCCGUAAAUCUGGUGCUUCCUAUGCCUACAUCCUGGAGGCUUUUGGAGGUUUCUUGGCUUUUAUUCGAUUAUGGACGUCGUUGUUGAUAGUUGAGCCUGCUUGUCAGGCAGUGAUAGCUCUGACCUUCUCCAACUACCUGGUUAAGCCCUUCUACCCCAGCUGUCCAGCGCCCUAUGUCGCCGUCCGCCUCAUCGCUGCUGUCAUCAUAGGUCUGCUGACUUGUGUGAACUGUAUGAAAGUGAAAUGGGGUGCUAUUCUUCAGGUCAUCUCCACUGUAGCCAAGGUCCUAGCUCUCAUUGUCAUCAUUAUUACUGGCCUGGUUAAGCUGGGACAAGGUUUUGACCAGAACUUUGAGGACUCAUUCAAAGGCUCCAAACUGGACCCUGGUAACAUGGCCUUGGCCCUCUAUUCAGCACUCUAUUCAUACUCGGGCUGGGACACACUCAACUUCAUCACGGAGGAGAUCAAAAACCCAGAGAGGAAUCUGCCCUUGGCCAUUGCUAUUUCCAUGCCCAUUGUCACUGUGAUCUACAUCUUGACAAACGUAGCUUACUACGUUGUCAUGGAUGCAGACAAAGUGCUCAGCAGCGAAGCCGUUGCUGUGACAUUUGCAGAUGAGGUGCUGGGCUGGGGUCGAUGGCUGAUCCCUCUGUCUGUGGCCAUUUCCUGCUACGGAGGCCUCAACUCCUCCAUCAUCGCUGCCUCCAGGUUGUUUUUUGUUGGUUCCAGAGAAGGCCACCUGCCUAAUGUGCUGUGCAUGAUUCACAUAAAGCGUUUCACACCAAUUCCUGCCCUGCUUUUCAACGGUGGCAUGUCUCUGUUCUUCCUGUCUGUGCCUGAUGUUUUCCAGUUGAUCAACUACUUCAGUUUCAACUACUGGUUGUUUAUCGGCCUGUCAAUAGCCAGCCUGAUCUACCUUCGCGUCAAAGCUCCUGAUAUGCACCGACCUGUAAAGCUGUCUUUGUUCUUCCCGAUUGUCUACUGCUUGUGCAGCGUAUUCCUUGUAGUGGUUCCCCUCUACAGCGACACCAUCAACUCUCUGGUGGGAAUUGCUGUGGCGCUGUCUGGUGUACCAGUCUACUUCAUUUGCAUCCACCUGCCACCCAGCUCCAGACCAGCCUUCCUCAGUGAAAUGCUCAAUAAGAUCUCUCUGUACACCCAAAAACUGUGCAUGUGUUGUGUGGCCUCGCCUGAUAUCGACCUGGACAAUAUAGACCCAGACAAGAUGGAAUGAUUGAGCAACAAAGGCCUUGUGUGAAAUGCUUUAUGGAGGGAUGGGAGAGGAAGAAUGAACACAAAGGAAGCUGUGAGCUGCAGACAAUCAGGAAGUACAGUCUGAUCAAUUAAAGAAGAAUGAAGAAACUGGAGAGGUGAGCUCAACACACCUCUCCCCUCACACAUGAGCCAUAUGUAUAAAGGAGAAGGCUUUUGCUCUGAAUGAAUAGUGUACAUGAUAACCCUCCAACAACUUAGUGAAAGCUGAGCACAUUCACAUGUUUACACAAUGCAGUGUUGGCUGUGCAAUUCCCUCCACACUUCUGCAACACACACACACACACACACACACACACACACACACACACACACACACACACACACACACACACACACACACAAAAGCAAGCAAGCUGACGGAAAACCUUAGGGGGACACUGCGACAAAUGGAAAAUAACAACCCGAUCCAGAAUGUACUGACUCAGCAAAGAUGCCUGAGGUGAUUUAUUUACAAAUAGGAAGUUGUUACAGAAAACACACAGAGGUGGAUUUGCUGCCAUGCUUUACAUGUGUUGCAUCACAUGGAUGGAUGGUUAAAACCUUGUGACCCUUUUUAAAAUGAUGCUUGUGACUCCUCAAUCACAGGUUGCAAACGGUGAUUUUUUUUUUUUUUCUUCUUAUUUGAACUUUUUAGGGGCCUUAAGAUCGUAAAAUGAAUAAGUAAUUCACAAGCAAAAAAAAAAAACUGAUUAGAAAAAAGUCUCAGCAUUUUCAUGUUUGAUUACACACGACCCAAUGGGGUGGGUCUGUGUGUGUGGUACUCAUAAAUGUAUGUUUUUUGGUUGUUGUUUUUUGUAAGAGUUUAAACAUCAACUUUAUUGGUGAGGCAGCCAGACGAUGUCCAAAAAUAUUGUUUUCAGACUUAUUGACAGACCUCUGCAGCAAAUUUGCACAUCGCAUUUGUAUUUUCUGUUUUGUUUGACAACUACCUUGGUUAUAGAAAGGCUUUAUUCUGAUCUAUUAUAGAACUGGACCAAAUGGAAAGAUGUUUAGAGAGAUUAUUUACAAAAGUGCUGUUUUUCCUUGCCGUUUGAACAAGCCUGUUCUGAUGCGUCUGUUAAAUAUAUGAAUAUGAUGAUACAUCCGUCACUAUAUGCUUCCUGCUUUUGUUUCCACCUCAGUAAUGCAUGUGAAAUGUUUUCAAUCCUUUGAUGCAUCAGGGCUGUAUUUGAUUUAUGGUGCCUUCUAGUGGUAGCUAAUAAUAACUUCCAGGGAUAAGCAAUGAGAAAGUAUCAUUCCAGUCCAUCUACAAUGUUCAUUUUUUUGUUUAUGCUGUUGUCAUAUUGUCACCUUGUUCUCUCUUUUCAAACAAACACAAACUGGUGAGAGGAAUGUAACUGUAAUGUAAGUGUUGGAUAUAUAAAAAAAUGUUUUAAACAUAUGUGAUUGUUUCUAGAUUUAACAAAUGUACCUGCCAGACUCCUAGGUAAUGUUUGUCUUCAGUAUGCAGUCUUUGUUGAAACAAGCCUCAGGAUCAACCAUGCUGAUGGGCACAUGUUGCUGAUAUUUAUGAUCUUUAUUUUUUUAGCCGCUCGUCUUUAGAGUUUGUAUCAGAAAUGGGAGAUGUAAUGUAAUUGUUGCCUUGUGAAUAUAUCACCAACUUGGACCAUUUAGUCACCGUGCAUAGCCAAAGGUCUUAAACAAGCUGAUAGUUGGACCAUCUUUCUGCUCACAGAGUGCAGUGGGUCCGUAGCAAAAUGUCUACUUUUUAGUGAGAAAAUUAUAGCUGUAGUGUGCUGAACUACAGAUAGAAAUGAGUCAAACUUUGGUGUUUGUACAAUAGUCCUUAUGAGCUGUAUGUGCCUUCUGUUAGUGUGGUCUGCCAAAACCCCUGUCUAUUUUUGAUAUUGUAACGUACGUAGCUCUUGAGCACAAUCAUUGACUCGUGGGUUUGCCAAAUGUUUUUCAGGUGGUUGAGCAGCUUCACAUCUUAGCAAAGGUCAGUUAACUCUCAACUAGACAUAAUCGGGCCUUUAGAUUGAACCAUAUGCAGUGUCUUGAGUCAAGCACUUUCACAACACCAGCCAAUAGAAGCACACAGAUAUCUGUUUAAUGUUGCUUUCUCUCUGUCAUCAUUUAAACACAGUUUUGUGUGUGUUGUGUGUGAAGAAAACUACCAUAUAUCUGCAGUAAACCAUUUAAAUGUAUUUUCAUAUAUUGCCAUGUUAUGAACUCGUAUAUACUUACAUGACUUGAAUGUUGCAGUAUAUUUGAUGUGUUACAUUGGGUACCAAAUACUGAAUGUGUGUUUUUGUGCUUGGGUCAUGUUUGACAAAGUUGUAUAUUUGUAGAAUUGUUUAAGUGCUUGCUUUGUUGACUGUUUUUUUAUUUAAACCAAAUGGCAAGAGAUACCAUAUAGUGAAGUGCUGAGCCAGAAUGUUGCUGUGUUUUAAUUUGAAUAAAGUACAGAAUGUUUUAGUGA